UCAAAAGUGCUGUGUGACAAUGCGCUGCUUUCUUAAUUUUCUGCCUUUUCUGCUUACCAUGGCCUUGGUAGGUCAGGCAUGUGGUUAUUCUUACCUGAUGGUGAUGCACACCGCCUCCAAAUCGCACCACGUUGUGGGUGAGGCACUGGCCAAAGGAUUAAUAGCUGCCGGUCAUGAGGUCACCAUAAUAUCACCAUUUGCCCAGAAGAAACCUAUCAAAAACCUCAUCGACAUUGACACGCCAAACACUAUCAAAAUAAUGGAAGCUUACAAAUCAAGGAUCUUACAAAAUAUGAAAAAAUCAUUGGUUUUGCGCUAUCCCCUCAUGCAUGGAAUGGGAUUGGAUCUGACAGAAGUCCUUCUGGUGGCCCCGGAGGUGCAGGAGCUCCUCGGACGAAAUCGAACCUUCGAUGCCGUCAUCUGUGAGUCAUUCAUGAACGACGCCCACUAUGGAUUUGCUGAACACUUUGGAGCACCACUUAUCACGCUAAGCCCUCUGGGAGCCACUGGCUGGACCUCAGAUCUGGUGGGCACACCCUCUCCUCCUUCGUAUGUUCCGCACUUCUUAUUGCCAUUCGACGAUCAUAUGGAUUUCUGGCAGAGAGCCCAGAAUCUAGGAUUCCAGGCAUACGAAUAUAUUUACCAUAAUUGGGUCUAUCUACCCAAACAGGAGGCUAUGUAUAAAAAGUACUUCACAAACAAUAAGCAAGACUUUUAUAAGAUGCGCAGAGACACUUCGUUGGUCCUGCUAAACAAUCAUGUUUCACUGAGCAAUCCUCGUCCCUAUUCGCCCAAUAUGAUUGAGGUCGGUGGAAUGCACGUGAGUCGGAAGGAUCCAAAGCCCCUGCCCAAGGAUAUUCGGGAAUUUAUUGAGGGAGCCGAGCAUGGUGUGAUCUAUUUCUCCCUGGGCUCCAAUCUCAAGAGCAAGGACUUGCCAGAGGAGAAACGAAAGGCCUUUGUGGAGACCCUAAAGGGUCUCAAGUUCCGAGUGCUUUGGAAAUACGAAGAUGACAACUUUGCCGACAAGCCUGCCAACGUGUUUAUAUCCAAAUGGUUCCCGCAGGACGACAUCCUGGCCCACGAGAAGGUCAUAGCCUUUAUAACCCAUGGCGGACUCUUGAGCACCAUGGAGACCAUUUACCAUGGCAAACCGGUCGUGGGAAUACCCUUCUUUGGGGAUCAGUUUAUGAACAUGGCACGAGCUGAGCAAUUGGGCUAUGGAAUCACUGUAAAAUAUGGCCAACUCACAGCUUCUCGUUUCCGUUCCGCCAUCGAUCGGAUCACCAGUGACCCCAGCUAUAUGCAGCGGGCCAAGGCCAUGUCCAGCCAGUUUCGAGAUCAGAAGGAGACACCCCUGGAGAGGGCUGUUUACUGGGUGGAGCACGUGACCCGGCAGAGGGGAGCCAAGUAUCUAAGGAGUGCCUCGCAGGAUCUGAGUUUUGUAGAGUACCACAAUUUGGACGUUUUGGCAGCAUUCUUCGCUAUUUUCAGUUUGGUUUUAGUUUCGUUAGUGCUUCUAAUCCGAUUUAUUGCUAUUAAAGUGAAAGGUUCUAAAGCGAAAACUUUAAAACAGAAGACUCAAAUAAGUCCCAUUAAUUGCUUAGAAUUUGUGAGCCGGAGAACAGUGAGAAUGAAACCAACAGGUGGUCAAACGAGUUUCUUGGGCCUACUGCUGCUUUGCCUGCUGAGCUGCGUGUCGGCCUAUAAUUAUCUGGUUGUGCUCCAUACCGCCGCCCGAUCCCACUACCAUGUGGGAUCAGCCCUGGCCAAGGGAUUAGCCAGUGCCGGCCAUCAGGUCACCCUUGUGUCACCCUUCGAGCUAAAGAAGCCCAUCAAAAAUAUCAAGGAUGUGACAGCCAAAGGCAUUAUAGCCAGCAUGGAGGGAAGAAUGACCAACUUACUGGAGAGUUCCAAGCAGCCGAUAAUCAAGCAGAUCGUGGAGUUCCAUAAAAUGGGAAUUGAAAUAACCGAUACUUUGCUAAGUGAUCCCGGCGUGAUUGAGCUUAUGAAAACGAAUCAGACUUUUGAUGCUGUGAUAUGUGAGGUUUUCCUCAAUGAAGCUCAUUUUGGCCUGGCCGAGCAUUUUAAGGCCCCGCUGAUAGGAGUGGGCACCUUUGGAGCCAUUAGCUGGAAUACAGAUCUGGUUGGCACACCAUCUCCGCCGUCGUAUGUGCCACAUGCCAUGCUCAAGUUUAGCGACCGCAUGUCCUUUGUGGAACGUGUGGCAAAUCUGGCCUUUGCCACCUAUGAGUAUCUGUUCCUCAACUUUAUCUAUUUGCCACGACAAGAGGUCCUGUACCGAAAGUAUUUCCCCAACAACAAGCAGGACUUUUACGAUAUGCGCAGGAAUACUGCUCUAGUGCUUUUGAAUCAACAUGUCUCACUCAGUUUCCCGAGACCCUACUCCCCCAACAUGAUCGAGGUGGGCGGCAUGCAUAUUAACCGCAAACGCAACCCUCUGCCCAAGGACAUUGAGGCGUUUAUCGAGGGAGCCGAGCAUGGAGUCAUCUAUUUCUCCAUGGGUUCCAAUUUGAAGAGCAAGACCUUGCCGCUGGACAAGAGGCAGGCAUUGAUCGACACUUUUGCCCAACUGAAGCAGCGAGUGCUGUGGAAGUUCGAGGAUACCAACUUGCCUGGUAAACCUGAUAAUGUCUUCAUCUCGGACUGGUUCCCCCAGGACGAUAUCCUGGCUCAUGAUAAUGUGAUUGCCUUUAUCACACACGGAGGUCUUCUGAGUACCACGGAAUCGAUUUACCAUCGCAAACCCUUCGUAGGCAUCCCAAUCUUUGGGGAUCAGUUCCUAAACAUGGCCCGGGCUGAGCAGAAUGGCUAUGGUGUGACCGUAAACUACGAGGAACUGACUGCUCCCAGACUCCUGGCAGCUAUUCAGCGACUUAUUCAGGAUCCUGAGGCCACCCAAAAGGUGCGCGACAUGUCCGACAGGUAUCGGGAUCAGCCGCAAAAACCUCUGGAGCGAGCUGUGUUCUGGGUAGAGCAUGUGUCCCGACACAAGGGUGCCAAGUAUCUAAGGAGCGCCUCUCAGGAUCUGAAUUUCAUUCAGUAUCACAGCCUGGAUACUAUGCUAGUCCUUUACGGUGGCAUUGCAUUUGUGAUAUUCUGCAUUAUGCUGCUCAUACGUCGAAUUUUCCGCUUUCUGCAGGAAUUGUUUAUAAAGAAUGAUACUCCCAAACAGAAGCCGAAGGUCAAGCGUAAUUAAGAACCAGAAACUAUUGAAAGUAAGAAUACCUUUAGAAUAAAUACGGUGAUAUGUUUUAAAA